ACUCUACUUUGCUUUUAUUUUUUUUUAUUACUUAGUUUGUUUUCUACUCAGAAUAUCAAAACAUCCAAACACUCCUACACAAAUCAAAACAUGACAAAUCACGUUUCAUGUGAUCUGCCCUUAUGCAAAAGAUACUCAUUCACAGAAAGAAACCAUGACCGUCGUCUCUCUGUUAGUCGCCUUCACCGUUGUUGCACUCUGUUUACACUCUUCAACAUCUGAGUUCCUGAAGUUUCAGCUUUCCACCAUAUCAGCUGCACCUACGUUUUUGCCUGAAGCUCCUUCGAGUUUCUCAGCUUCACCUCCGGAGGCUAUGUCUCCAGAUAUAUCUCCUCUGUUCCCUACUCCAGGUUCAAGCGAAACGUCUCCUUCUCCGUCAGAAUCUUUUGACAUCCCGACAAUCCCCUCGAGCCUUAGUCCACCAAAUCCAGAUGCCGUCUCUCCUGAUCCUCUGCUUGACUCUUCUCCCGUGGGGUCUCCUCUUCCUGCUUCUUCCUCUGUUUCUCUGGUCUCGUCACCACUCUCUCUGCUUCUGGCCUUCCCCAUGUUAAUGCUAGCUUUCUGCAGAUUCUAAUAAAUUAUUUUGAAACAGAGUAAGAGAGUAAGCCCUCUUUGACAUCUUGCUUGAAGAAAAAGAUUCACAAUGUAUUCUUUUUACUCUAUGCUUGUUUAUGAAACUUUAUUUUUCUUGUAUAAUUUAAUACUACUAUUGUUCGUGUGAGGAGGCUCUAUGCCAUCUGGCCGGUGCAGUUGUUGCACUUGUAACGGUUGAUAUGAGUAGUGGGCCUUCCCGUGGGAUGCGUCUUUAUAAAAUCACCUGCUACAACUUUCUUCAUAAAUGUUCAAGUGGAACAAUUGUGUAAGGGAGUUGUAGAGUGCUCAUUAAGCUUCACGAAAGCUUUAUCAAAAUCAA